AUGGGGGGAAAGAACUCCAAGGACCAAGGAGAGGAAAGCACAAGGUCACCAAAGAGAAGCCAGAAGCUACCUCUUUGGGAAGAAACUCUUCUUUCUGGAAAAGAUCCCAGAACACUGUUAAAGCGUGGGCUCCACUAUGUCAACCUGAACCUCGUCAUGAAGGGGAUGAUAAAGACACCUAACUUUUUAUGGGGACUACCACAAGUCCAGAAAUUGAAUCUUUCACACAACCAGCUGGUGGCCCUUCCUCCUGCUUUGGGGAAACUUGAGCAGCUGGUGGUACUGAACUUGUGUGGGAACCGCAUAAAGUCCCUACCUAAAGAGAUUGGACUGCUUAGGAAUCUGAAGGUUUUAUUUGCCAAUAUGAAUUGCUUGACUGAAGUCCCGUUGGAGCUUGGACACUGUAAGAAGUUGGAAAUUUUGAGCCUCUCACAUAAUUAUAUCUCUUGGCUCCCUUCUAGCAUUGCAGAACUGGUCAACUUAAGGAAGCUGAACCUGAGCAACAAUUGGUUUGUUUAUCUUCCCCUGAGUGUGUUUGCUUUGAUAAAUUUGGAUUUUUUACAUGUAGGCUGCAACAAACUUGAAAAUAUUGGAGACAGUGUCCAGUUUCUAAGCAAAUUGCAGAUCCUGAUUGCUGAUUGUAACAACAUUCAUGCAUUGCCAAGGUCUAUCUGCUCAAUCACUUCUCUCAAAUUGCUAAAUGUUGAUUACAAUGCUAUACAAGCACUUCCCUAUGAACUUUAUUUGCUGCAUGGAUUGCCCAAAAUUGCUUGGAAUCCUCUGGAUAAGGGACUCCAUAUUUUGCACAAUCCUUUGUCAAAACCAUUGCCACAGAUUAUAGAUGGAGGAAUAAACGCACUCUACAAAUAUCUUAAAGACAAAAAUCAGCUUGCAUAAAUUUAUACCUUGUUUUGGAAUAGAUCUGGUAGUAAAGCCUCAACUUCUGCCACAGGUUUUUUCUAGUCAAUGUACAAAACGGAUACUGGAAUACAAUUAUAGUUGUUUUUUUUCUGGAAGCAGGUACAUUGAUUGUGGAAUAAUAUUUUUUUUUCAAAUAAAUGUAUCCUUUGAAUACUGAAAUAGGAGUCAGAAUAACUCUCUCCAAUAAUUUAAUUUUUUAUCUGUUUUAAUGAUCAAUGAAGAUAAUAGCAAUAGCAUUUUAAAUGUUUUUUCUUCUUCUGUGAGACUUCACUAGUAUUAUUUUAAAGGGCAUGACAUGGGUUGUUAUGCAGUUGUGACAAUAACUUAUUCAAAAUGUUAUACAUAUAGUUCACACAUAUAUGCUUUUGUUACUGAAACACCAAAAACUAGAAGAUGAAUUGGUAUUUAUAUUCUCUGAGUAAUAGUUAUUGUUUUAUACCACCUGUCAUGGUUUGUGCUUAUUCCAUUAUUCUUCUAGUUUAUUCUUAUAGUUCUUAUAGUUCUAGCUCAUACAACCAGCUUUCAAAAAUCAUGAUAGAAAGAAUUAAGUUUGCUACUAAUGAAAGAAAUGUCCACAUUCAAAACUACUAAGCAUUGCAAAAAAUAAUUUUAGAACUCAGUACAGAAAAAAUUUGUCAGCAUGAUAGAAACAGUAAGAGAUCACAGAAAUUUGUUCUGUUGCAAAUACUAGGUGGAAUUCACCUAGUUGCACAAGAUUUAAGAAGUAGGGUCAUUCUUCUAAAUAAUGAUUCCAUGAUUAUGAUACAGUUUAUAGUACUGAAAGCCAACUGCAUUUGUUUCCACAUAGCCCAGGG